AUGCAGUCGGCUAAAGAGUUAGUCAGGAAAGAAUUAUCCCAUAACUUAAAAGAUUGUGCCGAUAGCUCUAUGCCAUCGACUUCGGAGCAGCCAGGUAGUAGCACAGAACAGAAAAAACCUGGACUGCUAGACUUCAUAAAACAAAGAAGACCCAAUACUAAUUUAACUGCUUCUGCAGUUAAUAUUUUACGAAUGUAUUUGGAGACAGAUCCACAAAAUGAAGAAGCCGAGAUCACAAAAGCAGCUGAAAGUGUGGGAGCUUUUUGGUCCAGCAACAAACACUUGGCGCCAUUAAAUACAAUAGCGCUAAAGUAUUUAGCUAUACCAGCCACAUCGGUACCUUCAGAGAGGAUGUUCUCUAAAUCAGGAUAUGUAUUGUCCUCUAGAAGGAGCAGGCUACAAGCAGAUGCUGUGGACCAAAUUUGUUUCAUAAACCAAAACUACGAUUUGUUAGAAACAGGCAAAGUAUAA